AUGCAGAUAGUUGACUUCGUCAUCUGGCAACUGUUCUUCAGGAUACAGCCUCAUGCAGCUUGGCCGAGACACCUCCUGUGCGAUGGCUUCAGGCGACGCGCUCAGAAUGUCGCCAAUGCGAAUGGUCAAAACAGUGUCGGGGUGAUUCCAGGGCUCGCUUCUGUUUACCCGAAUCACCAUGUUCGGGUUCUCAAAGACACCCCGUGGCCGCAGAUCCUUAUGGUUCUGGGCAAAUCUGGCGAGCAGAUCAUGAUUGAUCUGCUUAUCGAUACGGCCAUAUUUCUUCCCGUGAAGGCUGGCGUCGGUAAUCUGUAUCAAUUGAGUGGUAUCCCCUUGUCGGAGACAGGCGUGUCAGUGGUUGCGGACCAAAACAAGACGAAUCGUCCGAGACGAGGUCAUAAGCCUGUAGAUGCAGUUCACGAACAGCUUCCUUCUGAAAUCACGUUUAUAAGGAAUCGUAUACUGUACGCCAGAGCUGCACUUACUGCCAAGGGCACUGUCCAAUAUGGCCUCAGACACAUACACGUGUUGAGCCGUUUCCCUUCCAUUCGUUGUUCAAAUCAGACGUCAGAGGAAGAAAAGUCGACAAUCGCCCAAGCCAAUGAGCGGAACACGCUCAAGGUCAUGAUGUACAUUUUCCCUCGACAGUUUGGUCUACACAACGCCUUUACCUCGAGCGUCGACCGUUCCACAACGUCUCAGAAACUUGCAGAUUACACCCUCCGCGAGGAGGAAAUCUCAUCAUUAUCCGAGAAACAGAAGUUGCGACUUCCCAAGAGACUUCGAGGAGAUGCCAAACGACUUGUCGAGCGGUUGCAACUGCUCCAUGGCCGCUGCGCUUACGCCGAGCUAUUGCGGCAUUACUGUCCAUCUGCCAUUGAUGUCAAGCCUCGAACCCCUUCGUUCAAGAAGACAUUGAAACGGCCUCAGAGGUUUCCAGAUUCGCAAGCACCAGAACGGAAUAUUAAACUGACGGCGUCUUCCGCCCUUUCUUGUGUUACAACACAGAGCUGCUACAGGCCGCAUCAACCAGCGCCGUCCGUUCCGGUGAUCAAGUUCGAUGCAGUGACUGAAUUAGCGACUCCAGUAGCCCACGUAUCCGCAUUUUGUCAGGCUGUCCUGGCCAAGAUCAUUCCCAACGAAUUCUGGGGGCUUGGUGAAGACCAGAUACACAACAAAAACACCAUUCUAAAAAGGGUGGACCAUUUUAUCAGGAUGCGAAGAUUCGAGAGCAUGACACUCUGCGAGCUUCUAGACGGAGUGAAGGUGACCAGCAUGCAAUGGCUGGCACCACCUGGUCUAAAGGGUCAGAAGACCAGUCAAACAGACAUGAUGAAACGACUCGAGAUACUGAACGAAUUUUUAUACUAUGUUUUUGAUUCACUCUUGAUACCCCUAUUGCGCAGUAACUUCUACAUCACCGAGUCGAGUUCCCAUCGCUACCGUCUUUUUUUCUUUCGGCACGAUGUCUGGCGAUUCGUGGCGGAGCCUGCGAUGGCGACCCUCCGGACAAACAUGUUCGAGGAGAUGAAGCUGGAUCAGGCGACACGAGUCCUUGAUUCCAGACGAUUGGGAUACAGUCGUAUCAGGCUGUUGCCCAAGGGAAAAUCUAUGCGCCCAAUUAUGAAUCUCCGGAGGAGGACGGCGGUCAAGGGCAAAAGCACCAUCCUUGGACCGAGUAUCAACUCCGUUCUAACUCCCGUAUACUCCAUGCUCAGGUUAGAGACUGAACGUAAUCCAUCUAAGCUUGGAUCUUCGAUGUUCUCCGUGGGCGAUAUUUACCCACGACUAAGUGCUUUCAGCGCCGGCUUCGGAGAUCGAACCCCAAAGUUCUACUUCGCCAAAGUGGACGUUCAAUCCGCUUUUGACACGAUCCCACAGGCUGCCGUCAUUCGGUUAAUGGAGGGUAUCCCCAGCGAGAAACAAUACAUUAUCAAAAAACAUGUCGAAAUCAAAGCAGGGUUGUUAGAUAGUCGGCCCCAGAAACACGUAGUCGCGAAACUGACACGACGGUGGCACUCCAUCGCUGUGACGCCCAACGACACGAACGACUUCUCAAAGAUGGUCGAGGCCCGUCUCGGGAAGAACCGGAAGAACACCGUUUUCUUGGGUAAUACGAUGAGGAGAGAAGUCAGCAUCGGAGAGUUGAUGGACCUCAUGGCAUCGCACAUUGAGCAGAACUUGGUCAAGGUCGGCAAGAAGUUCUACAGGCAGAAGAAGGGCAUCCCCCAGGGAUCCGUGCUCUCCUCCGCCCUCUGCAACUACUUCUACGCCGAUCUGGAGGCACAGCAUCUCGCGUUCCUCGCGGCGGAGGAUUGUCUUCUCUUGAGGCUGAUUGACGACUUUCUUCUCAUCACGACGGACCAGUCAAAAGCGUGCGAGUUUGUCGAGGUCAUGCACGGCGGACUUCCCGAGUAUGGCGUUAUCGUCAGCCCGGAAAAGACGCUGGUCAACUUCGACAUGGAAGUCAACGGCGUGAGGGUAGCCAGGUUGCCUGAGGGGUCUCACUUUCCCUAUUGUGGUCUGGGUGUCGACUGCAACACGCUGGACAUUGUAAAGGAUCGGGAUCACGUCAAGAACACCGUGGUCUCCAAUGCUUUGACGGUCGACUACGGAAACAAGCCUGGCCAGAACUUUCAAAGGAGGGUCCUUAACGCCUUCAAGAUUCAAUCCCACCUAAUGUUCUACGACACCAAACACAACGCCCUCGAGACCGUCACAUCAAACCUUCACAAGGCCUUUGUGGAGACGGCCGAGAAGAUGUGGGCUUACUGGCGGUGCUUGCCCGCGCGGAAACGGCCUAGCAACGGGUUGAUCAUGCAAACCGUAGCCAAAGUCAUCGACGUCGCCAUCGUCCUUCUUACUAGCAAGGCCAGACGGGCAAAAUACCCGGGGUACGCCUGUGUCGUCGAGAAGACGCAGGUCACAUGGUACGUAGCAUAG